AUGGCGACAGUCGUACCGCCUCCGUCUAAGCGCCAAAGGCGCGAGGAGAUCGAGCGUACGACCGUGCAGCAGGAUGUCACCGCUAUCCUUCCGCCCGACAAUGGCUCGUUCAAAGCUCGCUUUAUCGAUAGCGAUGGCAAGCAGAUGACCGAUGUGAUCGAGAUCCCACUGGCAGAUGCGACAGAAAAGAAUGUGUCAUUACUACUUAACACCCUUCUUCAACGAGAUCGAGAAGACUUCCUGCCAUACAGAUUUCGCAUCCACAUCCCUGGCACCGACCUCAUCAUCGACCAGUAUCCGACCGAUCUCCUUGGCCUUCUUCGCUCCCAUGGCAUCGAGAACCCAUUCGAGACCACAGUCACCCUCUCAGCCGAGCCACAAGCUGUCUUCAAAGUCCAAUCCGUCACCCGUCUCGCGAGUCGUAUACCAGGCCACGGCCAGCCCAUUCUCGCUGCUCAAUUCUCCCCGGCUACAUCGAGUCUUCUAGCCACCGGCUCGGGGGACCAAACAGCCCGAAUAUGGGACGCAGAGACGGGCACGCCCAAAUUUACGCUUACAGGUCACAAGGGCUGGGUGCUGGGUGUAUCUUGGUCGCCCGAUGGCGAGCGUCUAGCAACAUGCAGCAUGGACUCCACCGUCCGCGUUUGGGAUCCCAAGACUGGCAAGCUUAUCGGCGACGCAUUUCGAGGACACUCAAAAUGGGUGCUGGCUUUGGCUUGGGAGCCGUAUCAUCUCUGGCGCGAUGGCACAGCACGACUGGCCUCCGCAAGCAAAGACGGCACGGUGAGAGUAUGGGUAGUUAACACAGGACGGACAGAGCAUGUCUUGUCGGGCCACAAAGGCUCCGUUAGCAGCGUGAAAUGGGGCGCCGGCGGCGAGGGAACGGGAUUGAUCUACACAGGUUCGCACGACAAGUCAGUACGGGUGUAUGAUGCAGUCAAGGGUACUCUGGUGCACGAAUUGAAGGCCCAUGCGCAUUGGGUGAACCACCUCGCCUUGUCCACGGAUUUUGUGGUGCGGACAGCUUUCUUCGACCACACUAGGAAUGUCCCGGACACAGCGGAGGGCAAGAGGGAAAAGGCCCGGGCACGAUUCGAGAAGGCGGCGACAGUCGGCGGCAAGGUCGUCGAACGGCUGGUUAGUGCAAGUGACGACUUCACGAUGUACCUCUGGGAUCCAGUGAAUGAAGGCAAGAAGCCCGUUGCGAGAAUGCAGGGACACCAGAAGCAGGUCAAUCACGUCACUUUUAGCCCGGAUGGAACCCUGAUUGCGAGUACUGGAUGGGAUAACCACACCAAGAUAUGGAGUGCAAGAGAUGGAAAGUUCAUCCAUACGCUGCGCGGUCACGUCGCCCCGGUCUAUCAAUGCGCGUUCUCAGCUGAUUCACGGCUUCUCGUCACGGCAUCCAAAGACACCACCCUCAAGUGCUGGAACCUGCGGACGGGAAAGCUAGCCGAGGACUUGCCGGGGCACGAAGACGAGGUCUACGCUGUGGAUUGGAGUCCGGACGGUCAGCGAGUCGCCAGUGGCGGAAAGGACAAGGCGGUUCGGCUGUGGAGGAAUUAA